UUUUUUUUUUCUUCAUUCUUUCUUGUCUAAAUCAUAUUCUUCCAAUGUCAGUACCUCUACUUGCAAGUGAUACUGCUCAAGCAUUAGGAUCAGCUGCUGCAAAUAUUACUAAUGAUGCGCGUUUUUCUUUCCUUCAAAGAUUCCGCGAACAGCGUUUAGCCAACAUUCGACCUCUUGGUGAUUUCUUUGAUAAAAAUAGGAUUAGCUUUACUACAAAUUUUCAUACGAUUAGCCAGCGUUGGAAUUAUAAUUUGCAAUACUUUUCAGCUAAUUAUUUAUUAAUCGUUUUAGCUCUUAGCAUUUAUGCAAUCCUUACAAGCUGGUGGUUAUUAUUUACGAUUGCUUUUGUAUUUGGUGGAUUUUAUUUGAUCUCUCGUUUAGAUGGACCACUUGUGAUUGGAGGAACUGCUUUGUCAUCAUCUACUUUAUAUACAUCUUAUGCAGUUAUAUCCUUAAUUUUAUUACUUUUUUCAGGAGCAACAGGGACUAUUUUCUGGAUUAUAGGCGCAGCCGCUAUCAUUAUCUUGGCCCAUGCAGCUAUUUUAGAACCAGGAUUGGAAGGUGAAUUCUCUGCAGAUGGACAAGUUUAAUUCUAAUUGCAAUAAUUAUAAUAAUGAUGUUAAUGUAUUAUGUUAAUGUUUAUUGAAUUAUUAUCUAUAAAUAACUGUCUGAAUCUCAAGUCGAAAAUAACACAAUUAAACAAUAACUGAAACACAUUGUUUUCAACGUCUAAAAAAAAAAGAAAAGAAAAAAAAAUCCCUUUAAAUCAAUACAUGAGUAAUCAAAUGAUAAAAGACUUUAAGAGAAUUAAGUCCUUUUU